UUAUGACGUCAGGACGUUGGGUUGGAGCAUGCCUACUGAGCUCGCACAUAAACAAAGGCAGGACGUUUCCCCCGCAUUCAAAUCGGAUCCAUCUGAUUUCAUAUGAAAAUAAAUCAAAAGAAAAGUUAAGCUUCUGAAAACCUUAACCAUGGAAACCCCUCUCCUCAUGCGAGUUAGUGUUUUUACCGACCAAGGAGGCCGGAAGUACAUGGAAGAUGUUACCGAGGUCAUAGUGGAGCCCGAGCCGGGAGAGGAGCAGCCGACGCCGGGCGAUGGCGGAGCUCCCACCGUGGAUCUCCACCAGGAUGCCGGAGAGGAAACCCCGGAUUUAACGGAGCCAUCCGGCGGAAGAGUUCCCGCUGAAGACAGACUCCCGGUGGAGGAAACCUUCUCCCCGGGCAGAGAGUGCCCUCCCCCGGGUCAGCAGCCUGCCUCCCGCCGCUCCGUGGCGUUCUUCGCGGUGUUUGACGGCCACGGUGGAAGCGAGGCGGCGCAGUUCGCCAGAGACUGUCUGUGGGAAUCCAUGAAGAAACAGCGGGGCUUCUGGUCGGACUGUGACCGGGAGGUCUGCUCGGCGAUCCGCAAAGGAUUUCUAGCCUGCCACCAUGCGAUGUGGAAGAAGCUCCCUGAAUGGCCAAAGACCCUCACAGGCCUUCCUAGCACAUCAGGCACCACAGCCAGCGUAGUGGUCCUCCGGGGAAACCGUAUGUAUGUGGCCCACGUAGGAGACUCAGCCGUCGUUCUGGGAGUUCAGGACGACCCAUCCGUCCCGUUCAUCAAAGCGGUGGAACUGACGCAAGACCACAAGCCGGAAUUACCCAAAGAGAGGGAGCGCAUCGAAGGGCUCGGUGGGAGUGUAAUCAAGAUGUCGGGGGUGAACCGGGUGGUGUGGAAGAGGCCCAGGCUGAGCCAUAACGGACCGGUUCGCCGCAGCACCGUCAUCGACCAGAUUCCUUUCCUGGCUGUUGCUCGCGCUCUAGGUGAUCUGUGGAGCUAUGAUUUCUACAGCGGGGAGUUUGUGGUUUCUCCGGAGCCAGACACCAGCGUGGUGGUUCUUAACCCUAGAAAGCAUCGUUACAUCAUCCUGGGAAGCGACGGCCUCUGGAACAUGGUGCCGCCUCAGGAAGCCAUCUCCAUGUGUCAGAAGAACAACGAGGAAGCGGUACCGGGUGGGGUGUCCAGCGCCAGGAAGCUGGUGAGCCACGCGUUGGUGCGGUGGCGCCAGCGAAUGCUGCGUGCUGACAACACCAGCGCCAUCGUGAUCGCGCUGCUGGAACCUGGUGAAUCGCAGGAGACAUUUCACAACGAGGAGGUCUUUCUGGACCUGGCCAAAGUGUCCCAGAGUCCUACUCCCAUAUCCUGCUCGGACGCUCCUCUGCUCCAGCCGCCUUCGGAUGAAGACUCCAUCUCCGCCAUGUCGGAGCUGCUGCCUCCACUGGAGCGACGGGAUGUGCUGUCUGGAGGCCCCGCCUUCUACCACAUGUCUCUGUCUGACCCGUUCGCUCUGACUCCUCUCUACUCUAACAGCAGCACAGAUUCCCCCGGUCACUCCGGUCUAACAGACGGCACCUCCACCGGGAGGACGUCCAACAAAAGGACUGUGGACGGCUCCCCUUCAUCGGGCCUCCUGGCCAAGAAGACCAAACGCAGAACUUCUGACCGGCUGCCGCUGGUCCAGCACAACGCUGAGAAGAAGCAGGAGUCCAGCGGCGUCUCUCCCAUCCUUCAGCAGCAUAAUAAAACCACAGUGUGUGUUUGCUGAGAACACAGCAGCUGCUGCCGGUCCGUCUGAGGCGCCCGCCGUUCUGCUUCUGUCCAGACUUCCUUCUUUGAGGUUGUUCUCCUUGGUUUCUGCUCCCCAUCUUUUCCUCCAGCGCGGGUGGAGCAGCAUGUUCACCUGACGGAGCUCCUCCAGGCGCUGCGGCGCCGUGAGGCUGAUGGUCGGCGCUGAGCCG